AGUCACUGCGGUUCGUCGCAUCGAUCGUGUUCCUCUACUAACACCCACUACCUACCUUUAUUCUCCCUCUCUUUAUCAUUCUUUUUCGUUCUUUCAUUCCAGUAGUUAACUUUACUCCUUCUGUCUAUAUUUCUCGCAUAGUCGAUCCACACUUCCAACACGAAAGAGAUCGGUGUGUCCAUUAUCAACGAUGUUAACGUGUUGGGAAAAAAUCUCAUUGGUUGUUCUGACUGCUGUGGGCCUGAGGAUUUUAAUAAGAGGAGGACUUUUGGCAUGGAAAAAAUUAUUGGCACCUAAUCUAGGCUUAGGCGUAGAUUUAACGAUUCAAGGUAGAUGGGCAGUAAUCACAGGUGCAACUGAUGGACUUGGGAAAGCAUUUGCCAAGGCUCUUGCUAGUAAAGGUCUUGACAUUGUCCUAGUAUCAAGAUCACUGGCAAAGCUUAAAGAUGUUGCAACCGAAAUAAAAGAAAAAUAUGGAGUUGAAACGCGUGUUGUUGAGGCUGAUUUAACCGAAGGUCAAGCAAUCUAUUCAAAGAUUGCUAAAGCUACGGAAGAACUUGAGGUUGGAAUUUUAAUUAACAGCGCUGGAAUGAGUUACGAAUAUCCAGAAUUUCUCACCAAUAUGCCAGAAGAAACGCUAAAUAAAAUAUUGCAAUUAAACGUGGCUGGUCUUACUGGUACCACUAGAGUAAUUCUACCAGGCAUGAUGAAACGACGAAAGGGUGUCGUAAUUAAUAUAAGUUCGGUAACGGGUGAUAUUCCAAGUCCAUAUUUGACAGUUUACGCAGCCAGUAAAGCUUACGUCAUUAAAUUCAGCGCCGAUUUAGCUGCGGAAGUAGCUCAUAAUGGUGUCACCGUACAAUGUAUUAUUCCUGGACCCGUUGCUACUAAAAUGACCAGAAUCAAGAAACCAACGUGGAUGGCACCGACUGCUGAUAAAUUUGUCGAGGCUACUUUGAAAACUGUGGGAAUCGAAUCUUUAACAACUGGAUAUCCUCCGCACUAUUUAGUGUACGGAUUUAUGAAAACUUUGACAUGCGUGUGUGAGAAGGGUGCAAUGUGGUUAGUGACCAGGACGAUGCUCAAUCUAAGAGGACGUUCUCUUCGGAAAAAGACAAGGGAACAGAACCAAAUGAAAGAGAUUCCGCAACAUGAUAAUCUCCUCACAGAAUAAAUUCCUAAAACUAAUCUAUUUUCUCAUUUAUUACUAUCGUAAUUCGUAAGAUAUCUCUUAUCAUUGAAAUGAUGAGUGCUUUUCGUCGGUUAUAUAUACAUAUAUACAAUUUUCAAAUUAAAAUUUUUAUGAAAUUUUUUAAUUUAACAAUAAGCUGGAUUUAUAUAAUUUUAUUUUUUGGUUGUAUUGGCGAUCUUUUUAUAAUCUUUCCAUAUAUUUUUUCUUGUUUUUUUCUUUUCUGUUAAAUACAUUUUGCCAUAUACAUUUGGUAUUUACGUAUUUAUACAAAAUAUGUUUCAUAGUAAAAUAAAUAUUUUUAUUGUUUGAUCUAAAUGCAAAA